AUGGGUUGUGGAAUGAGUACUGAAGACAAGGAGGGGAAGGCUCGCAACGAGGAGAUUGAGAACCAGCUCAAGCGGGACAAGAUGAUGCAAAGAAACGAAAUCAAGAUGCUGUUGCUCGGUGCCGGAGAGUCCGGAAAGUCGACCAUUCUCAAGCAGAUGAAGUUGAUCCACGAGGGCAGCUACUCCCGGGAUGAGCGGGAGUCGUUCAAGGAAAUCAUCUACAGCAACACCGUUCAGUCGAUGCGUGUCAUUCUGGAGGCCAUGGAAUCCCUCGAGCUUCCUCUGGAGGAUGCUCGCAACGAGUACCACGUGCAGACCGUCUUCAUGCAGCCGGCUCAGAUCGAGGGUGACAACUUGCCGCCGGAGGUUGGUAACGCCAUCGGCGCUCUGUGGCGCGACACUGGUGUUCAGGAGUGCUUCAAGAGAUCCCGCGAGUACCAAUUGAACGACUCCGCCAAAUACUACUUCGAUGCCAUCGAUCGCAUCGCCCAGCCCGACUAUCUCCCCACCGAUCAGGAUGUCCUCCGCUCUCGUGUCAAGACUACCGGUAUCACCGAGACGACAUUCAUCAUCGGCGAUCUCACCUACCGCAUGUUCGACGUUGGUGGUCAGCGGUCCGAACGUAAGAAGUGGAUCCACUGCUUCGAGAAUGUUACGACAAUCCUUUUCCUGGUUGCCAUCUCCGAGUACGACCAGCUGCUGUUCGAGGAUGAGACCGUCAACCGUAUGCAAGAAGCGCUCACUCUGUUCGACUCGAUCUGCAACUCGCGGUGGUUCGUCAAGACCUCUAUCAUUCUUUUCCUCAACAAGAUCGAUCGUUUCAAGGAGAAGCUGCCCGUCAGCCCCAUGAAGAACUACUUCCCCGACUACGAGGGAGGCGCAGACUACGCCGCCGCAUGCGACUACAUCCUCAACCGCUUCGUUUCUCUCAAUCAGGCCGAGCAGAAGCAAAUCUACACUCACUUCACGUGUGCUACGGAUACCACUCAGAUUCGCUUCGUCAUGGCUGCAGUAAAUGACAUCAUAAUCCAAGAAAACCUGAGACUGUGUGGUCUGAUCUAA